AUGGACUCCCAAGUCGAGCCUCGGUGGCCUCCAGGCUUGGCAGUCAUGAAGACACUAGAUGAUUUGCUGCGGUGUGGAAUUUGCUUUGAAUAUUUCAACAUUGCAAUGAUGAUUCCUCAGUGCUCACAUAACUACUGUUCUCUCUGUAUAAGAAAAUUUCUAUCGUAUAAAACACAAUGUCCAACUUGUUGUGUGACAGUCACAGAGCCGGAUCUAAAAAAUAACCGCGUAUUAGAUGAACUGGUAAAAAGCUUGAAUUUUGCACGGAAUCAAUUGCUGCAGUUUGCCUUAGAGUCACCACCCAUAUCUCCUGCUUCCUCCUCUUCAAAGAACCUUGCUGCCAAAGUACACACUCCGGUGGCCUUCAGACAUUCUUUAAAGCAAGGAAGCAAAUUAAUGGAGAAUUUCUUGAUUAGAGAAACUGGUGGUUCUACAUCAGAGUUGUCGAUAAAAGAGAAUGAAAGCAAAGUCAUCCCUCAAAAAGAGGUGAGCACUUCUUCAAAGACCAAAGAGGCACCUUCUGUAGAAAAGACAGCUCCACGUUCCUUAGUGGCUAAUGUUCCUGAGACACCCUCUACGUCAACUUUGAAACAGGCUGCCAAAGUGGAUUGUCCUGUUUGUGGGGUUAAUAUUCCAGAAAAUCACAUUAAUAAGCACUUAGACAGCUGUUUAACACGUGAGGAGAAGAAGGAAAGCCUCAGAAGUUCUGUUCACAAAAGGAAGCCUCUGCCCAAAACUGUGUAUAACUUGCUCUCAGAUCGCGACUUAAAGAAAAAGCUAAAACAGCAUGGAUUAUCUAUUCAAGGAAGUAAACAACAGCUCAUUAAAAGGCACCAAGAAUUUGUACACAUGUACAAUGCCCAGUGUGAUGCUUUGCACCCUAAAUCAGCUGCUGAAAUAGUUCAAGAAAUUGAAAACAUGGAGAAGACUAGGAUGCGUCUUGAAGCUAGUAAACUCAACGAAAGCAUAAUGGUUUUUACAAAGGACCAAACAGAAAAGGAAAUAGAUGAAAUUCACAGUAAAUAUCGUAAAAAACAUCAGAAUGAAUUUCGGCUUCUGGUGGAUCAGGCCAAAAAAGGAUACAAGAAGACCGUUGAAAUGUCAACAAAAAAAGUAAUAAGAAAAGAAGAUGAAUCUACAGAAGAGCUAUUACCUGUAUGCAUGGAACAGGAAGAUAAAAAGAUGAAAUUCUCAGACACUCUUCCCAUAACAGACCACUUCCCUCAAACAAAGCUGGAAUCCCCAGGGAGAAUGGAGCCUGACAGACCAGAUGAUUCUUCCAGUUGUACUGAUAUUCAAGAAGAAACUCUUUCUUCAUCAGAAUCGGACUCAUUCAAUAGUUCUAGUUCAGACAUCAUAAGAGAUCUUCUAGAAGAAGAGGAAGCCUGGGAAGCAUUACAUAAAAAUGAUCUUCAAGACGCAGAAAUGAGUCCAAGGUUCAAUCGUCGAACAAGAUCAGAUGAGAGUGCUGAGAUCGAGCCGAGAAAUAAACGGAAUAGGAACUAG